AUGCCCCCGCCUUCCAAGCCGCAGCCGACCGCGACCGAGUACGCGCUCGACGCGAUCUUCAAGUGGUUCAUCAAGGCCAACGAGGACAACCGCUGGGCGCUCAUCCAAGCCCACGAGCUGUACCGCUGGCGGCGCGAGGUCCAAGAUGCGCUCCUGUCCGUAUGGAGGGACCAGACGACGCUCGCCGGACGGCAAUACUUUGACAAGCAGAUGGCCCGCGCCCGUGCCGAUUUCGUGAAGCGCGGCUUCAACCAGAGGGAGGAGCAGCUCCCGACCGUCGACACGCUGCGCCGCUGGAUGUUCGUCCCGUUCGACCCGGUCGCCGACGCGGCUGCCUCCUCCUCGGCGCACUCUCUCGCCAAGGGCCCGCCCGCCUCGAUCAGCGAGCGCACCGCGCAGCGCUACGGCACGACGAGGAGCCGGUGGGAGGCUGAGGCGCAGGCGCGCUGGGCCGAGGAGCAGAGACGAGCGUCGAGGCGGUCCUAG